AUGAAGAGCCACACUGGAGAGGAGCCAUAUGCAUGUUAUCAGUGUGGGAAGAGUUUCACGCAGAAACCACAUCUUACAGGGCACAUGAAGAGCCACACUGGAGAGGAGCCAUAUGCAUGUUAUCAGUGUGGGAAGAGUUUCACGCAGAAACCACAUCUUACAGGGCACAUGAAGAGCCACACUGGAGAGGAGCCAUAUGCAUGUUAUCAGUGUGGGAAGAGUUUCACGCAGAAACCACAUCUUACAGGGCACAUGAAGAGCCACACUGGAGAGGAGCCAUAUGCAUGUUAUCAGUGUGGGAAGAGUUUCACGCAGAAACCACAUCUUACAGGGCACAUGAAGAGCCACACUGGAGAGGAGCCAUAUGCAUGUUAUCAGUGUGGGAAGAGUUUCACGCAGAAACCACAUCUUACAGGGCACAUGAAGAGCCACACUGGAGAGGAGCCAUAUGCAUGUUAUCAGUGUGGGAAGAGUUUCACGCAGAAACCACAUCUUACAGGGCACAUGAAGAGCCACACUGGAGAGGAGCCAUAUGCAUGUUAUCAGUGUGGGAAGAGUUUCACGCAGAAACCACAUCUUACAGGGCACAUGAAGAGCCACACUGGAGAGGAGCCAUAUGCAUGUUAUCAGUGUGGGAAGAGUUUCACGCAGAAACCACAUCUUACAGGGCACAUGAAGAGCCACACUGGAGAGGAGCCAUAUGCAUGUUAUCAGUGUGGGAAGAGUUUCACGCAGAAACCACAUCUUACAGGGCACAUGAAGAGCCACACUGGAGAGGAGCCAUAUGCAUGUUAUCAGUGUGGGAAGAGUUUCACGCAGAAACCACAUCUUACAGGGCACAUGAAGAGCCACACUGGAGAGGAGCCAUAUGCAUGUUAUCAGUGUGGGAAGAGUUUCACGCAGAAACCACAUCUUACAGGGCACAUGAAGAGCCACACUGGAGAGGAGCCAUAUGCAUGUUAUCAGUGUGGGAAGAGUUUCACGCAGAAACCACAUCUUACAGGGCACAUGAAGAGCCACACUGGAGAGGAGCCAUAUGCAUGUUAUCAGUGUGGGAAGAGUUUCACGCAGAAACCACAUCUUACAGGGCACAUGAAGAGCCACACUGGAGAGGAGCCAUAUGCAUGUUAUCAGUGUGGGAAGAGUUUCACGCAGAAACCACAUCUUACAGGGCACAUGAAGAGCCACACUGGAGAGGAGCCAUAUGCAUGUUAUCAGUGUGGGAAGAGUUUCACGCAGAAACCACAUCUUACAGGGCACAUGAAGAGCCACACUGGAGAGGAGCCAUAUGCAUGUUAUCAGUGUGGGAAGAGUUUCACGCAGAAACCACAUCUUACAGGGCACAUGAAGAGCCACACUGGAGAGGAGCCAUAUGCAUGUUAUCAGUGUGGGAAGAGUUUCACGCAGAAACCACAUCUUACAGGGCACAUGAAGAGCCACACUGGAGAGGAGCCAUAUGCAUGUUAUCAGUGUGGGAAGAGUUUCACGCAGAAACCACAUCUUACAGGGCACAUGAAGAGCCACACUGGAGAGGAGCCAUAUGCAUGUUAUCAGUGUGGGAAGAGUUUCACGCAGAAACCACAUCUUACAGGGCACAUGAAGAGCCACACUGGAGAGGAGCCAUAUGCAUGUUAUCAGUGUGGGAAGAGUUUCACGCAGAAACCACAUCUUACAGGGCACAUGAAGAGCCACACUGGAGAGGAGCCAUAUGCAUGUUAUCAGUGUGGGAAGAGUUUCACGCAGAAACCACAUCUUACAGGGCACAUGAAGAGCCACACUGGAGAGGAGCCAUAUGCAUGUUAUCAGUGUGGGAAGAGUUUCACGCAGAAACCACAUCUUACAGGGCACAUGAAGAGCCACACUGGAGAGGAGCCAUAUGCAUGUUAUCAGUGUGGGAAGAGUUUCACGCAGAAACCACAUCUUACAGGGCACAUGAAGAGCCACACUGGAGAGGAGCCAUAUGCAUGUUAUCAGUGUGGGAAGAGUUUCACGCAGAAACCACAUCUUACAGGGCACAUGAAGAGCCACACUGGAGAGGAGCCAUACGCAUGCGAUCAGUGCGGGAAGAGCUUCACGCAAUCAUCGUACUUUACUGUUCACGUGAGGAUUCAUGUUGCUGUACGCAUGUUAUCAAUGCGGCAACAUGUUUCUGUGGGCUUCAUACCUGAAGAAACACCUGACAAUUCAUUCAAAGGAGAAGUCACAUUCAUGUGGUCCACCUGUCCGUCACAGCUGCGCCAUCUAGCGUAG